AUGUGGAAACCACUAAGAGACAAAUCUUUUAGACUGAAGUAUACAAGUCACUAUGGCUAUAAUGUUGACCAUUUUAAUUUUCUCAAUGAUUACAAGGAAGAUUGGAAUGAUUACGUUGCGUUUGUUAAUGAGAGCUUAGUGGAGAAAUACUCUUCAAGGUCAAGGAAAUUUGAUUCUAUUUCACUGAGCAAACUAAACCUAAAAAACUUCACAUACCGUACUACUGAUGAAGAUUACAUCAGAGCAAAUUUCAAGUCCAUGAUCCCAUUUAAUUUAGAGUCUGAUAGUACCACGACUACAGUGGAUUUGCUUCCAGAAAUUCCAGUCCAUUUACAAGAAUACACCAAACGAAACGCCUUUGCAAUUGCAGUUGGAGGACACGUCACUAGCAUACAGUGGUUACCACAAAAUGGAGAUAGUACCAGCAGCUACUUUGCAGUGUCAUUAGUUAACAGUAUUAAUGGAGUCAAAGCGAAUGACCCUAAUUUCAGUAUUUUCAAUAAAUCAAAACCUCAGGGUAUCAAUUCUGCAAUUCAAAUUUGGAAAUACGAUUUUGAUAAGAACGAAUUAAAAGUACAGAGCAUGUUGAUUACCAACAAAUUUGGUGUCUGUUCAAAUCUCAAAUGGGCGCCAUUGCAAGCUGAGGGAACCACCUUAGGCGUUUUAACAGGAUUAUUUACCGACGGAAAUGUUUACCUAUUUAAAAUCGAGGAGUCACUACCGCAAUAUUCAAUUAUUACUGAGCCAUCUUUUGCAUACAGUCUACACGAAGGUACAGUGAGAUUUAAUAUAACAUCAUUUGAUUUCAUUGGUAGCGAAAAAUUGGUAGUUGGGUCUAACGAUGGAUCAAUCGCCGAGUUCAUGCUUCCAUUUCAUUGCAACGACAAUGACCUAAAUAUACCUAAUUUUAAAAUAGGAAUAUGCUGGAGUGCAAUCCUGUCAUUAAUGUGCAUACAGGACCCCGCAGGUAAGCAUUUAUGUAUUAUACACACGGGCUCUCAUCGAGGUAUAACAUUUGUCUACGAAAAUCCAUUACAGGAUAUGUACCCAACAACAGUAAAACUGAACACUCAACCCAAUUUUAAUUAUCCAUUACAAAAUUUUAUAAUCACAAGUCAAGCAGAACAGUCUCAGAUUGCGUUUCCAAGAACAAGCCACUGCACAUUUUCCAGUUUGGCCCGUUCAGAUGCUUAUUACACCAUAUGCAAAGUGUCUGAAGUUCUCGGCCAUCCAUUUCUUAUCACUGGAGCCACCAAUGGAGACAUUUGUAUAAUGAACUAUUUCAAAAAGUUUUGGGGGACCAAUGCAAACACAAGCAAAGUUACACCAUUGAGGAUAUGGAAAGUCUUUGUGGAAUCUGACAAACGUAUAACAUUGUUGGCAGAUGUUCAAAUACAAGAUCAGGAAGCAGUUGUCUUGCCGACUUCGAUGAGAACAGAACUGAAUAUAACUGCAGCUGCCUGGAACGAAAGCAGGGUAGGGAGCUCAGCGUAUGCAGCUGGUACCGCUGUUGGAAUCCUUCUCCUAGAAAGGUUGGAUCCAGAAUAUCUAUAG